CGACAAAUAGUUUGACUGAUUAAACCUUGAUGCACUUUACCGGGCGCACUUUUUAAGAUCCAAUUAGCGCUGUGGGGGCUCGAACGCGCUUCGCCGGCUCACCGGCUUUGUAACCCUUGCCCAAAGCCAGCUGACCCUAAUGACCGAAAAGGGGUUUUGGAUCGUAAAGACGUGUAAGUUUCCCUAAGACCGAAAAACGGGUGUUGGAUCGUGAAGCGAGAGUCACCAGAGCGUGAGGCACGGUAACGGUAUAACGAGACAGCGGUGGCACUAUAGCGCGGUAAUUGAGCGGAUGGUAGAGCUCGGGCUGCGCCCGGUAAACUGCAUUGUUGCCGAAGUUAUUGUGAUGUUUCCCACUCACACCACAGCCGGUAUCUACCGGCUCCUUCCACUGCCGACGCUUUUCAGAUGUGCUGUUCUUUAUCAACCGUGUUCGUAUCUGAGGCGACAUUGGAGUACAUACGAGACACCGGAACAGAGUGAUCGUGUCACUUCAGGACUUAUGUCCAGCCGCUUCUUGGCCAGCAUGACGAAUAUGGGGUACAGUCAGACAGUGGACAAGACGGAGACCCGGUCAGUCGUACACACUCCAGGCUUUUCACUUGAAUCCAUGGACAGAGAUGGAAAUCCCUCAAUGCCGAGCCUGAUGCGAUUCAUCACCAUAGCAAGAAUAUUUGCCUCUCAUUUUCCCCUGGAUGUGUCUGGAAGGACGGUAUUCGACUACUCUGAACUCACCUCGGACAGACUGGGGUUUGCAGCAUCAUCCGAGUUUGUUACAGAAAGGGAGUUGUAUGACAUAUCUGUACCCAAGAACCCCUUAGAUGUUUUAUAUCAACUCGGGUAUGUUGGCAAGUCAUCCUUCAGUUCAGUAGGUUCCAUCAUUGUUCCAUCAACCGGACAGACGAUCCUCAGAAACAUCAACCAUCUUGUUGGCAUGGAUAAAACAAGCAGACGACCCAAACCACUUCCGGAUUGGUGGCGAGAGAAACAUGGCGGAUCCGCCAUUUUGAAACGUCCACUGAUAGUUCCAAAAAUUGAACGGCCAGGUGGCGCUGUGCAGUACAAUGUCAAGGUUGCUUGGAUGCACACUGAUAAUCACAAUCAUACCAACUACGCAUACUAUGCGUACUUCUGCAUCAACGCUUUGCAUUAUGCUAUAGAGAAAGGUUGUAUGGGAGCCCUGACCAAGGACGUUGUAAAGCGUGGUAUCAAGUCCAUGAGGAACACUUACAUGGGAGAAAGUUUAGAGAACGAUGAGCUUACUAUUGGAGUGUGGGCGUCGGACCAGGAUGACAGAACUGUACAUUUCGAUGUUCAGAAAUUGGGCCAGACUAUAUACCAAAGCACGUUUGUUUAUCACGAUUGAGGAUUCUACAUUCCGAUUUUAAAUCUCGAAGUGUCAGCUGUCAAUAGACUAGGUUUGAUAAGGGUACAGUCUGACCCAGAAACGUUUCUAAAUUUCAAAGCUGGGGGCAACAACGUUGAAGAGCAUGAGAUUAAGUAUUGGUUACACAUAUCAUGAUUGGCAGCUCCUUUAAUCCAGAUAGACCAAAGCUUCAACAAAGGUAACACUUUUUGGAAUCUCAGACAGUUUAUUAAAACAUCAAUACAGAAGGUU